AAGCCUUCUUGAGUGAAGCGGCGGUGGUAGCAGUCGGUCGGUCAGGCAGCUGAGGCGGCCCUCGCGCGCAAAGGCUGCCGGGAGGCUGUGGAGUCCUGGGCAGCGCGAUGGCGUCGGCUGUGGCUCGCGGCGCGCUCCCUGCCUGGGUCUCCGUGCUGGCUCAUGGCCUGGCGCUGUGGUGCCUGUGCGGGGCUGGUCCGCUGUGGAGUGGCAGCCACGAGUGGAAAAAACUAAUUUUGACCCAGCACUGGCCCCCCACAGUAUGCAAGGAAGUUAACAGCUGCCGAGACACCCUGGAUUAUUGGACGAUACAUGGACUAUGGCCUGAUAGAGCAGAAGACUGUAACCAGUCCUGGCACUUUAACUUAGAUGAGAUUAAGGACCUUUUGCGAGACAUGAAGAUCUACUGGCCCGAUGUAAUUCACCCAUCUUCCAAUCGCAGCCGAUUCUGGAAACAUGAAUGGGAUAAGCAUGGGACGUGCGCUGCCCAGGUGGAUGCCCUCAAUUCUGAGAAGAAGUACUUUGGGAAGAGCCUGGAUCUGUACAAGCAGCUUGACCUCAACAGUGUACUGCUAAAAUUUGGGAUCAAGCCAUCUAUCAAUUACUACCAGCUUGCAGAUUUCAGAGAUGCCCUCACCAGAAUCUAUGGCGUGGUGCCUAAAAUCCAGUGCCUUCUGCCAGAACAGGGGGAGGAGGUACAAACUGUUGGCCAGAUAGAGUUAUGCUUCACCAAGGAGGACUUUCAUCUGCGAAACUGCACUGAGCCAGGUGAGCAGCUGUCCUCCAAGCAGGAAGCCCAGCUGGCCACAGGGGCUUCCACACAUGGGAUGAUGGUCUGUGAAGAUGGUCCAAUCUUCUAUCCUCCACCUGCAAAGACCCGACACUGAUGCUCACAUUUUGAAAAUAUUUUAUGUUCCACAAAGUAAGAAAAAAAUCACAAAUUAUGGCUUUCUAAAAAUCUGCUCAAAAGUUUCUUAAAAUGUGUUUGGCUUUUU